AUGCCCCCUUGCUCGUUCUUAUCCUCCGUGCAACUUGCUCGAGAUUGCAAGCAGAGUGCGGAGCUGUCCGUGACUCGUGCGUCUCCUGCGACCACUUCGACCACGAGGGAGGUGGACCGAAUCUUGGCGAGAAUCCAGCAAGACAACCGGGUUCUCGCCGAACUCGAGAAAUCCAGGGCGACCAUCGGCUCACCGGUAUCCGUGGCCAACCUGGAGCGCCUUCGGCAAAACAUAGAAGCCGGAGAGGCCGCCAGCUACGGCGUGACGACCACGGGCGCGGACUCGCUUUCAGCCUCGGUCGCUGCGCUCCUUCUCCAGUCGCAGCUCAGUGAGUGA